CAAGAACCCUGCAACCUUUUCACUCUGCCUGCCCUGACUGGCUUGUAGCUCAACAUUGUUUCAUUGUCAUUAUUUGUUAGCAAACACACUUGAUACAAAGUGGGAAGAACUGUCAUUUUUCGUUCACAUGGAUAUUGACUCAGCCAGGAAGAUUGUUUUUCUUUUUCGCUGAACAAGAAGGCAUCAAACUGCGAGUGCAAGUGUGCAAACACGGAGUUGUACUUUGGAGCCAUGGCUCAUAGUGUUUCUGUUGGAUUUAUGCUAAAAGUUAGGAUGGCACGAGUUUUUCUGGCUUUGCUGCUUUUAGACUUUCACUUUGGCUCAGCAGCCCCAAACACUGUGCUCCUCUCUGAGAAGACAGCUGACAGCUUCCUCAGGAGGCACAAACGUUGGAACACUGGGAUAUUCGAGGAGUUUUUGGAGGGAAACUUGGAAAGAGAAUGUAUAGAAGAGAAAUGUAACCUGGAAGAAGCCAGGGAGAUAUUUGAGAAUGAUGAAAAGACUAUGGCUUUUUGGUCAAGAUAUGAAGGUGGCAAUCAGUGCUCGUCGAGCCCAUGUCUGAACCAGGGGUCAUGCAAAGACCAUCUGGGCUACUACAUCUGCACAUGUGUGUCUGGCUUCACUGGCACAAACUGUGAGAUCGUCUUACAGAAAAGAUGCGACGUAAACAAUGGAGACUGCAAGCAUUUCUGUCACGCGAUAGGAACCUUUGGGGCAAAAUGCUUCUGCGCGACAGGAUAUGAGUUGAUGUCAGAUGGGGUCAGCUGUGAAGCAACAGUUGAAUUCCCCUGUGGGAAAACUGGACUAACCAUUGGGAAGCCAGUUAUAAGGUCUUUCUACAACCCGGAGCUUUCAGACCACCUGAACGCCACGACUCCAACCAACAUGACGCCAACAGCAGCAGCCAGCACCACAGAGCCAGAUCUGGAUUCGUAUUAUGACUUUGGUCAGAAUCAGUCUCUUAGUGACCUGCUUUUAUGGGAAUCCAAUCUCUCAGAAAACAUCUCUUUGGAGCCAAAAACACCUUUCAAACGUAUAGUUGGUGGGAGGUCAGUCGCUCCAGGAGAGAUUCCCUGGCAGGUAUCGUUUAGACGCACGGAUAACAUUGUGGAAUCCUGCACAAAACUCUGUUUCUAUCCCCCAGUCUGUUCAUCAGUUUUAUUUUUCCAGGUUGGACUGAUAGCAAAACCCAGUGGUCAGUUAUUCUGUGGGGGCUCCAUCCUCUCAGAGCGCUGGGUCAUCACUGCUGCUCAUUGUCUGAAGGAGGUGCCCGGCUCUUUCUCGGUCAGAGUGGGGGAGCAUAAUACUCAAAUCACAGAGGGCCGAGAGCAAGACUAUGAGGUGUUGGAGGAACACACACACCCACGCUACAACGCAACCUUAAACAUGUACAACCACGACAUCGCCUUGCUCUACCUCAAAGACCCCAUCAGCUUCUCAGCAACGGUCCGACCGAUCUGCAUCGGGCCCCUGGCUUUCAUCGAGGCCUUGGUGAAGCAACCUUCCCCGGCUACGGUGAGCGGCUGGGGCCGCACUCGCUUCCUGGGGUUCACUUCCAACAUUCUGCAGAAGGUCGAGGUUCCCUUCAUAGAUCAGACUGAGUGUAAAGACAGCAGCAGCCAAAGGAUCACUCCAGUCAUGUUCUGCGCUGGAUUCUACAAUGUGGCCAAAGAUGCCUGUCAGGGCGACAGUGGAGGUCCUCACGCAAAGAGCUACCGUGACACUUGGUUCCUGACGGGGAUUGUGAGUUGGGGGGAGGAAUGUGCAAAAGAAGGGAAGUACGGCGUGUACACCCGGGUUUCUGUUUACUACAGCUGGAUAAAGUAUGUGAUGAGUGUAACUAAACGCAGGCUGGCUUCAGAUGUGGAAUACCCAGACUCAUGACUCUGCAUGGAUGUUGAUAUACAGCACAGGCCACAUUUUUGGCACAUUGAUUAGCAAAUCACCUUAAGAUAAAUCAAUAUUUCAUGACAGCAGCAUAGGAUGACACUGAAAAAACAUUUGGAAGAAUCCAACUUAAAUUUCUUUCAGUGAGAUAAAAGUACAAGACGAACCAUUUUCAUAACUUUGCCGUUAACACCAUACCAAAAAAUUCUUUAUGCAAUUCAAAAAGCACUUAGUCGUGUCCUAAAAGGUUUUUGUAUUCUCUUUUAUACUCUCUCUUUACAUCAUGUGUCGAACUCCAGUUCUCAACUGUGGAGUUUGACAUCUAUGCUUUAAUAUUCUACAGUCCUCUCUUUAGAUCACCUCUCAGAGUUUGUAACAGAUUCUGGACUGAGACGGUCUUGGAAGAAUAUUGAAUGCGUUUCUGGUCAAUCAUUUGUGUUCUGUGUUUUGGUGUAAGGACUCAAUAAUGAUGCUUUUUAAAACAGUUUGUGAUGCCGGUGCCAUGAACUCUAAAGGGUUCCCUCAGAAUUUGGAUGAAAAAGAGACCCAAUGCAUGACAGAUCCUCCACCGUACUUUUUAAUGUAAUUGUCAUUUGCUUCACUCCAUGCCAGGAAUCUGCUACAGAAGAAACAUUUUACAAAACUUUUAACAUUUCUCUUUAUUUAAAAAUCUUAGAAGAAAUACAAAUUUUGGUUCUUUAAUAGUAGUUUUUGUUAGAUAUUUAAAAUAUCUCUAAGUGAGCCUUAUAUCAUUAUGAAGGCAUAACUAACUCUUUGGAGUGUAAAAGUUGCAGAUCCAUGUUCUAGAUCCAGCUGGAGUGUUUGUUGUCAAAAACUCAAAAAUAAUCAUGUUUCCAAUUAAAGUUUACAUUCACAACA